AUGUGCUUCCUGGCAGCAUACACCUGCUUUUCGAAACUGCGGGUCAAGCUAACUCGAAGGGCACAACCAACAAAAUUCAUUGCUCUUUUGUUCAUUAUCUGUAUCGCACAUCUUGCUCAAUCAUGUCAAGACGUUGACGUGUUCGAGCUACGCGCAACUACCUGCAUACGAUCAGGAGACGGCAACAGAACUUGCGCAGUGGAUAUUACUCAAAUGCUCAAGAUGAAUACGUUUCAUCGAGAAACAUGCUUUCGACUUCUCACACGAGACACCCUUCUGAAAGAAAUACGACUGGAAUGGAAGCGUCUUCAGCUGAUAUGCGACAGACAAACAGUUAUGUUCACGAGGCAUGUUAUCCAGCAAGUGAUAGAUUCGAAGCGGUGUCCACGAACAGGAAGUUGUAAAGGCCGAAAGUGUGCAAGUGUCAACACAACAUCUCUGGUCCCGGAACUAUCCCAAGGAAACAAGUUCCCUGGAAUCACCCACUGUGUGGAGAGCUGCGGUGGCAUAGGAUGUGGAUGUUUCUACCCUAGCAGUGGAUGUCUGUUUUACCGAAUAUAUGCUACUCCAGUAAACGACAACAUCUACGAGAUAUUCCGCUGCUUACGUUGGAAGGAAGAGGUAGUGUUGGGAAUCUCGAUAACCGAAGCUAAAGGAGAGACCACGGAAAACACUAUAAUACUCCAACCAACUAUUCCACAGAACGUAGGAACCAUGAGAAUCACCCUAUCUUCGGUAACCGUCACUCCUACUCCGGCACUACAAACGUGGUUUAUUACCGAAGAGAAAUUCUGGAAGCUGUGGAAGGAGCAAUACCUCACCUCGCUGAGGGAGCAGCAUGUGCGCUUCCUACCAGGCAAUCGAGGAUCUCCGAAACAACCGGUUCCUGGUCAAGUCGUACUGAUAGCAGACCCAAACAUGCCGAGGAACUCUUGGAAAAUGGGACGUAUCCUGAAUGUCAGAUCCAAUGCUGAGGGUGUGGUUCGAGAAGCCGACCUUUUUAUGCCCAAUCGCCGCAUAAUCAGACGGCCAAUCAAUCAACUCGUUCCUCUUGAACUAAUGGACACCCCGAGCCAGCCUUCCGAAGAUACCAUGACUGAACCGUCAGCACCAGCAGCAGAGGAACCUGAACCUGAAAUCCAAGAAGAAGAACAGAGGUACAACCUGCGAAAGCGACCUCGAGUUAAUUACGAGCAGCUUCACCAUGGUAUGAUAUCGAAAACUCUUUUCCUCCUUGCUUUCGUCACCCUCCUAGCACCCGCUCUAUCAAAGCCGCUCGGAACAUCUACAAAGGCAGGAAUCAACACCACGGCGGACAGUAUCCGUUGUACAACGGAAGGUCUUUUUGUAACUAGUAAUACACUAUCACUGUAUGAACUCUGCGUUGAAGGAUACUGCAUCACACGUGAAAAUCCACCGCCAACAGAGACGAUUCACUUGUCGCCAGAAAUCACACUGCACCCAUACGCUGUCAAAUGGAAGAUAUCGAAAGGACAGCAACUCGACACGAGGGAAAUUGAGUGCCCAGCAAUACCCUUCUGCUCACAAGUGAAUUGCUGGUUUUGUACAGCCAACAUUCUCAAUCCUGAGUGCCAUCCUCAAACUGCGAUCAUAACCAUUGCUGUUGUGUUGUAUGGCAUUGUGGCGCUGAUAUAUACCAUAUGCUAUGUGCCAGUAGUAGUGGGAUUACCGAUCAGGGUUCUGCUCGUAAUAACACAACGAAUCUUCAGCAUGUGCUUCCUGGCAGCAUACACCUGCUUUUCGAAACUGCGGGUCAAGCUAACUCGAAGGGCACAACCAACAAAAUUCAUUGCUCUUUUGUUCAUUAUCUGUAUCGCACAUCUUGCUCAAUCAUGUCAAGACGUUGACGUGUUCGAGCUACGCGCAACUACCUGCAUACGAUCAGGAGACGGCAACAGAACUUGCGCAGUGGAUAUUACUCAAAUGCUCAAGAUGAAUACGUUUCAUCGAGAAACAUGCUUUCGACUUCUCACACGAGACACCCUUCUGAAAGAAAUACGACUGGAAUGGAAGCGUCUUCAGCUGAUAUGCGACAGACAAACAGUUAUGUUCACGAGGCAUGUUAUCCAGCAAAACGUAGGAACCAUGAGAAUCACCCUAUCUUCGGUAACCGUCACUCCUACUCCGGCACUACAAACGUGGUUUAUUACCGAAGGUAAUAAUACGGCACGAUGGACAGGAUCAAACAUCCCAACUUUGGAAUGCCCUUCCAAAAAAGCCGCGAAAGUGUUGGAUUGUGAGAUUCACACUAACUGUAGAUGCCAGCCCGCAGAGGAUAAAAUGAACUGUAUUUGCACUGAUACCAACAUCACCAAAGAUUUCAAUAGCGAACUUCGCAACCGACUGCCACUGCGAUACCCGUGGAUUGAGUUCGAGGAAUACCAUCCCAAAGAGGAACUCAAUACAGUAAAGGCGAUACCUACUCGCUUGUCCACAGCUGAACUGUCCACAGCUGAACUGCUUGUUACCAUCAAAGAAGAUUACGACUCAACAGUGAAAGAAGUGACAGAUACGGUAUGCUCAGUAGGCGACACUACCAUAACAGGAUGCUACCAGUGUCCACAUGGAGCACUCAGCGAAAUCGUGUGCUUCUCGCAAGGAGAGUCCACCAUGGCCUCUGUACACUGCGGAGAAAACACCUUCACAGUGUCAUGCAACAACACAGGAAUAACGUCCCUGCUACGCUUCCAGCUUUACCAGGCUCAGAUACACUUCCAGUGUGAAGUCUAUUGUGGUUCAACAAAGACACAAUUCGAAAUCACAGGACUCCUUCACUGGACUAAAACAGCCUACGCGACAGGAGAAAAGUUGCUCGCAGGUGAGACGAGCCUUUACGAGGAAUGGGCUCUUCCAGACGCUGAACACAUAUUCAGUGUUUUGAUAUCAUGGUACAAGUCAAUACUGAUAGUCACUAUCGUACUACUGCUCUGUAUCGCAGUUGGAUACCUCUUCGUUUGGAGCUGUGGAACGAAAACCCUCCAGUUUGCUGGCUACCUUGUCUGCAUAUCAAUCCGAAAUACAAUUAGAUUCGGAAUAACAUUAUUCAUCAAGACUAUAUGUUGUUUCAAUGCUGUCAAGGAAAGCAAUCAACACCUUCGGAAAGAGCUGUAA